UCAUCUUAAUUGAUUACUAAUACUAGGAGAGUCUAAAAACAGAUGUAACAGCCCAGCAGUGUAGAAGGAAGCCCAAAUGAUGAGAGACCGUCGGUUCCCUUCAGAUCAGCGGACGUCUGAGAACGAUAAUCCGUAUUUCAAGAAACCUUCCCCCAAAGUUUCUGCCUUGAUGUUGACCCAGUUCUGGUCCAAUUAAACUAAACCAGAAAGUCCAAAACACCACUUGUAUCCUUGAUCGUGUUGGCUUCGGUCUAUCUCAAAACAUCCUUAUAAAAUGUGAAGCAUAGCUUUUCUUAUCUUUCUUUUUUAAGUUUUGAACUGUAGGUUUAUUUUGGCGAAUGGAGAGGGAGCUGGUGGAUUUGUUCGAAGCUGCCAAGAAAGCGGCUGAUUUAGCCGCUGCCACCGACGCCGUUUCCGAGGUUUCCCGAUGCGUCGAUGCCUUGAAGCAGCUCAGGGCUUUCCCUGUCUCUUACGAUAUUCUUGUUUCUACUCAGGUUGGGAAAAGGCUUCGAUCUCUCUCUAAGCAUCCCAGGGAGAAGAUUCAAACUGUGGCUUCUGACUUGCUUGAACUAUGGAAAAAGGUUGUUAUCGAGGAGACUACCAAAGGUAAGAAAAAUGGCACCAGUAGUGCCAUUAAGUCGGAGAAACUUCCAAAGCCAAGUGCCGUGAAGUCUGAAAAGCUCUCCAAUACAGAAAAUGUAAAGGCUGAGAAAGUAUCUAAAGAUAAUUCAGUAAAAUCUGUCAAAGUUGAGAAGAGGGAAGCAAAUGGAGAUGUUGCAAUGGCCAAGAAGUCAGAUCGGGGAGAGAUGGGUAAGGUUGAAAAGAUUUGUAAGGAUGACAGACAAUCACCGAAUGUAAAGAAAUCAUCGCAACCACCUGCUGGUCCACCAAAGCUGACAUCAAUGGUCAAAUGUAACGAUCUUGUGCGUGACAAAUUUAGGGAGAUUCUUGUAGAGGCGUUGUCUAAAGUCCCGAGUGAGGUUGAUGGGGACAUGCUUGAUCAAGUGACUGCUUGCGAUCCCAUCAGAGUUGCUGUGUCUGUAGAAUCUGUGAUGUUUGAGAAGAUGGGUAAAUCAAAUGGGGCCCAGAAAUUUAAGUACAGAUCUAUAAUGUUCAACAUUAAGGAUCCAAACAACCCAGAUUUAAGGAGGAAGGUUCUUCUCGGAGAAGUGAAACCAGAAAGGCUUAUUACAAUGACCCCAGAGGAAAUGGCAAGUGAACAAAGGCAACGUGAAAUUAAUGAAAUUAAAGAAAAAGCUUUAUUUGAUUGCGAGCGAGGUGUUGCACCAAAGGCAACGACAGAUCAAUUUAAGUGCGGUCGUUGUGGUCAACGCAAGACCACUUACUAUCAAAUGCAGACAAGGAGUGCAGAUGAACCUAUGACAACCUAUGUUACGUGUGUCAACUGCAACAACCAUUGGAAAUUCUGUUAGUGAAAUCCAGAGAUGUCGUGUUGAUCAUCUUGGUUGCUUCACUCUGUUUAUGAGGAGUUUGUGGUCAUUAACUUUAGAAUUCAUCUUUCAUUCAUAUUUUUCUGCUAUUGGGACUUUGAUAGGGAUAGCUUUGAGGGAUGAUUGUGCAAAAACCAUAACUCAGCUGUUCCACAACUUGUGUGCUUCCAUAUCUCCCACUCAUCUCGAAAAACGAGGCUCAGCUGGUGGAAAGAUGAGCUUGGAUGGCAUGAGGCAUUCAUUUCAUGUUAAGUUGCUAAUGCUUGUUCUUUUUCUUUUAUCAAAACAGCUCCUGUAGUUUUUAUUUGUUUCUAAAGGGUAGGGAGAAUGGUAGUUGUAGAAUUAGGCCUACUUAAUUUCUUAUCGUGCCAACAACGUUGUAAAUGGAGGCUCUUAUUUGUGGUUGUUUUUAUACCCCAAAGGGAUUUGGUAUCAUUUUCUUCCGCUUUGGCAA